AUGGCGGACAUGGAGAUGGCGUCUGGGCGAGCCAACCAGGUGAUCAAAGUGGUGAUGCCCACUUACAUCAUGGCACCGACAGAGGACGAACGCUUCCGUCGCAAAAAGGUGUGCAACAUCAUUUCCGAGUGCAUGACCAAGGAGCUGGAGGGCAAGGAGUUUGAUGAGAGUGACUGCAAAGGCUGGAGUACCGCCAUCGCCGACGCUGUCAAGGCUCGCAUCCACGCCGAGUGCAACUUCCCACGAUACAAGAUCGUCGUACAGACUUUCAUCGGUCAGCAGCGGCUACAGGACGUCCGUAUCACGUCUCGUUGCCUGUGGGACAACGACCAUGAUAACCACGCCUCAGCGGUGUUUAACAGCCAACACAUUUGGGCAACAUGCGUGGUUUUUAGUUUCUACGCCGACUAA